CGUCCCGUCCGCCGGCCGGUCGACUUCGGCCACAGCCUCGACUCCACCGGCUUCGUCGCCGCGUUGAUUGCCAAGUUUGAGCAUCGUCUCGCAACUCCGCCCGACUCGGCGACACACCCUCCUCGACGGGCCUGGCCCUCGGGACUCGGACCUAGGACACUCGAUCGCCCUGACGACGCCACCGCCACCCCUGCCGUCUGCUACUGCCGCAAGCUUGAGUCCUGCCAGUCAGGCAAGCCGGCCGGUCAAGGCGUCUUCCUUAUGGGCACCGUCUCCGCCAUCGAAGGCAGUCGGGACUGGGGUCGGCCAGAAGCGGUCGCUGCGUUGCGACGCGACAGCCACAAAAUGGCCCUUAUCCUCGGCCCCUUUGCCCAACUCUGA